UUUGACGGCAAAACCAGAAUUAAUCGUCAUGCCGAUUCGCGUUUUAGAUAUAAGUUGAGAAUCGAUUCACUGGUUCAGAACCACUGUAAAGAUAAUUGAUAAUUGAUAGUGUAAAUAUGUGCGGUAGCGUGAAUAAUCUGAUAUGACUAAACAUAUCGAAGAAACUGCAGAGUUUGUUUCAAUUUAUUUUUGUAAAUACUGUAUAUUUGGGAAACUUACGUUAACCGGAACUUGCCACACGUCCUAUGUUGAAAUGACUUCUCUAAUCGUAUCGGUUGAAACGAAUAAAACUAUUCUUGGAAGCAUGUACAGUACUUAUAUAGUUAUCGCUUUAAUUUUUGUCAUUUUACCUAUUCACUAAAUAGUUUUUGUAUAUUAUUUAUAGAUUCUAUCAGUGAUUGUCGCUGCAUAUGAAAUUGAUUAGAGGAUACUUUUUUUUGCAUAGACUUUGGCGAAUAAAAUUUCAAUCAAAUCCGUUGACUGAAGAUUCCUGCGUCAUUGCCGAAACUAAAACAUGAAAUAGGAAAAAGUACCUAAUCGUUAAAAGUUUUGAAUCACUAAUGCAACUAUAUUCAAGUUAAAGCGGUAUAAAGUGCAAUUAGAACAAAAUCACAAGUACUAAAAACGUCUACUGAAUCGGUGAAUUGAUUGAACAAUUGUACGCAAUUGCAAACACAGCCGCAUUCUGGUCAACGGUUAGAAUCUUGAAAUAACUUUUAUAUUUUCGACAAAAUUACUGAAAGAAUUACCUUCGGUUAAAAAUUGCUAAUUGAAUUCUAUAUUUAUACAGAAAUCAGUGAGAAAAAUUAUAUUUCGGCGGAACUGUCAUUGAAUAAACGGGCAGCGCACAAAGAUUUGACGUGUGGUUAAAAUUGGCGGUUAAUCAUGGCUGCUUUUGGGGUUUUGAUUGUAGGGGUCCCUAGAUUUCCACUAGAAUUCAUAGAACUUAUAGACUUCCGCGUGUCAGGUGAAAUUCCCUAGACUGAAUAGUGGAAUCUUACGUUGGCUACCAUGAUUUCGACAAUUAUUUUCGAUAACUCGGAACACCGAACGACCCAGAAACACUUGAAUAUUUUCGCGGCGUACAGUCUUGGACUGAGAUGCUAAAGUAUUUCGACCAUAAUUUUAGGUAAUCUGAACACUUGAGGAAGAUUUUUCGAAUUCGCGUAUAACUACUCUUCCAGGCCUCAUCGCACUGCGUAUGAAGUCGAUUGGUAAUCCAACACAUCACUAAAAGCAACAUAGUUAGGCUAUAAAUAUUGACCCUAAAUUUGGUACACACGUGGUGGAGAAGGACGCUUGACGAACGAGCCGUGAGGAAUUCUUUCAUUCCCCUCGGCCAAAUUUCCCAGAAGAAAUUUUUCUCAUGGCAAAUAAACUGCGUAAGAGAUAUACACCAACAUUUGAUGUGAAAUAAAUCUUAGCAGAUUGGUCAACUAAGUCAUUCAACUGCCGAACCAAGGUAUUGAUACAAGCAAGGUUUCGUAGGAGUUAUCUUUCCUUCAGGAACAACACUGGGGCUAUAGAGGUCGUUAACAAUAACGUGGACCAAACCACAUCAAAAAGCUGGAAAAAAAGUAAUUGUUGGACUUAACUGCAACAAAAGAAGAUUAUACAAAAAUGAAUGAUAGAGCCUGAAGAAAUGCUGAAUGGUGCUGACGAUCACCCGAAUCUUGAAGGUUGAAAGGCCAUAUUAUAAGGAUUAUAAUUUUAUUAUUAUAAGGAAACAUUUAGAAUAUCAAGGACAACAGAGAUAUGCAAUAUUGAAGCUUUAUGGAACGUAGAUCUUGAUUAAGUUAGCUCUGAAUUGACUCAACAUUAGAGAACAUGGCACCAGUCAAGAAACAAAAGCAACAACUUCACCAACUUAAACAAGAAACUGAAUCAGAUAUGAAGGAGGUAAAUAAUAACUCUGCAGCUGGGUGUGAAAAAAUUAUUGCACUUCCGGCAUGGACACCACCAACAAUAUUUAAGUUGAAGAGUAAGGAGGAUGAAAAACAGGUUCAGAAAUUUUAUGCAGGCACAUCACAGCAGCAGACUUCAGUUUCAUUGGUAACUGCAAAGACACAUGACGAUGUAUGGACCUCAGCAACAGUGUUGAAAUUAGAUAAUCAGGAGGAUGAAAAACAUGUUCGGAGUUCUGAUGCAGGUACAUCACAGCAGCAAACUUCAAUUUCAUCCGUAUCUAUAAAGAAACGUGAUGAUCUUUCAAGUGGAAAUGCACAAUUGGAUAUACCGACUCCAAAAUCUAGAACAAGAAAUAGUCUGCCAAAAAGAUUAAUUGCAUCACAGCCAUCGGUGAUAGAUAGUGAAUCACCAAAUGAAGCUACAAAUAUCACUACCGAUUCGAUAUUAAAGUUUAUUAAGCCUCCACCCGAAUGCAGCUAUAUCACACGCAGCCUUCUUAAAAAAUUGAAAGCAUCGAAACUUAGAAAUGUGAACAAUGAUGAUUCGGAGAUCAACAUUAAAGGUACGCCAACUGUCACUUCAGCGAAAACUCAUUCAGUACCUGAGGUAGCAAAAGAGAAAACUAAAUGUACAUAUAUGUGUGGAGAAAAGCUGGCGAAAAAAUCACGAAAAUCAAAGUCAGUAGGGACAAGUUCUAAUGCUUCAGCUGACUCAAAAGAUUUCAACUUUACUAGUUUAAAAGUAAUGGAUUCAACACCAGAAAUGGGGAAGUUAAACUCCAAAUGUAAUCGCAACUGGAAGGACCUAACAUCAUGGAGGAAAUCACAAAAACUGCAGCCAAGUGAUAAUCUUGAUACAGCAAAUGAUGAUACAUUUAUAGCAUCUCAAGUGGGAAAUAAUUCCAUGUCAAAGACUGCAGUAUGCAAAACUACUUGUACACGUGAAUGUAGAGAAAAACUUUAUGAUCAUUGUGACGACUCAUUAUCAGACAGUACAAACAAAGUAGACUCAAUAUCGACAUCUAUGAAGUCACAAAUUGAAUUUAUGUAUGAAGAAACCGAUAAAUUGCAAGGCAAUCUUGUGCAAUCUGAAAUAGUGAAUAUAAGUAUUACUCCGGAACCUGAAGCUAAAAUAAACGUUUCAAAGCGAAAGACAGUGAAACGUAGAUCUAUAAAGGUGAUUGACAAACUAAAGAGCUCUGGCACAUUGAUGGUGAAUAAAAAUUCUUCAGUUCGCUCUGUAGAUUUAUCAUCCACCAGUUGCACAGAAUCAGAUUCAACACCCCAUGUCCCGACGGAGAAAGUCAAAUGUACACGUCAACCAAAAAAUAGAGUACAAAAAGAUCUUAUAAAGACAAAUCAAUUAAAAAGGCCUAGUAUUCUCACAUGCAAAGUUGAAAAUAAUUAUCCACCAACUAGAAUUAUAACUGAUUCAACAUCAGAGACAUCGAAGUCUGAAACAGUGAUGACCGAAUGUUUACCAAAGCCUGUAGUCAGUUCUGAAAAAAUGCUGAUGUCGUCAAACCAAGAAGAGAUGGGCAAAGUUGAAAACACGUAUCCAGCAACCGGAACUAUAACUGAUUCAACAUCAGAGACAUCUAUGUCAGAAAUAGUAAUGGCUGAAUAUUUAGCAAAGCCUGUAGUCAAACGUAAAAUGCGGAUGUCAUCGAACCAAGAAGAGACAGGCAAAGUUGAAAAUAUGUAUCCAGCAACUGGAACUAUAACUGAUUCAAUAUCAGAGACAUCAAAGUCAAAAAUAGUGAUGUUUGAAUGUUUAUCAAAGCCUGUAGUCGAAUAUCAAAAAAUGCAGAUGUCCUCAAACAAAGAGGAGAUGGUCGAUACGCAUGUUGUUAAGGAUUCGGUGUCUACAAAAAUGCCAAAGCCAAAUAUUCAAAUGACACAUGAAUGUCGAGCAGCCAAGGCACAGACGAAUUCUCAGACUCCUGAAACAAAUGACAAGGCUUUGAGUGAAAUCGUGUUUACACCGUCGAAGCACAGUACAAAUAUUGGUAUAGCAAUAAACCCAAGUAAAUCGAAAAGUACACGAACCCGGAAAUGGAUCAGAGUACACAAGAACUUGAUGAAUUCGACAGUCGAAGGGAUGGAAUAUCACCCUGUAAUUAAGAACAAGGGUUCUGUUUGUGAGUCAAAUAAAAAAAAAUAUUCAGCCGAACUUAAUACGAAAGAUUUAGAUAAGGAUGAAUGUAUAUUCACUAAAUGUAAAGAACGACUAAAUUCAAUUUCCGAUGUAGUAAAAAAUGAGGAUCUAUUACAUUCAAAUUUGUACCAACCAAGAGUUUUACUCCGUGACAUCGCUUACGACAAGGAAUUGCCACAAAAACAAAGGGACAUAUUAUUAAAAAAAAACACAUCGCGAGACGUCACCGCUACUCUGAGUACCAAACAGUGGAUCAAAUGUAAUACUUCUGAAGUUUUUUCUGAGUCUUGUAGUGAAAAUGAUCAAUCACUUACAUCUUCAAAUACCGAUUUGAUAGCCCAUAGGCAUAAAUGUCCGAAUCUUCAUGAACAACAACUGCACACCCCAUUUCUAUUGAUGAACCCUGGACCAAUCGAGCCUGUACGUGGUACAAACAGUAGUAGCACAGUAAGUGAUGCAGAUGGUCUGUCUUCAUUGAUUGAAUAUCCCCUAAAAGGACAAAAAUUUUCUGAUGCGACUGGAUUACCUUUAGAACCAUGCAGCCCCACUAAGAUACAUAAUAUUGAAAAAAACCUAACGGAACCUAUUGUGACUGAUCAAGAAAAUAAUCUAACCGAAGCACUUUUUAAAAAAGGGGAUUUGGAAUUCCCGUUGGACUUGCGUGUCAAUGCUUCCAUAACUUCUGCGACGAAUGAAUCAGAAUUUUUACCAUGCAACGAUAACUCAGUUAAAUUAGAUACCUCUGACUUCAAUUUAACAAAUAAUAGUGAUGAAUGCAACAAUGAAAAGCUAAUGCCUUGCCAUUCAAUUCUACAGGUCGCAGAAAGUAUUCAAGUAAGAUGUACCGACUCAAUAUGUAAUCCAAAUCGAACGCCUGUAAAGUCUGAGAAAUUGAAUUCCUCAAAUGGUCUGUCAUUAAAAGUAUCGAUACCAAUAUAUUUUACAGACACAAAUUCUGGGCAGGUGGUCAAACUUUUCAAGCAAGAAAAAUUGGCACCAGUUAACAAAAGUGAAACUCAUAGUUCUCUCAAAUUGUUAGAAAUCCAAGGAGUAAAAAAAAGUCAAGAGACUAAGGAGAUAAUUUUGGGUGAAAAAUGUAACGUACCAUUCGACUUGAUAGAAGAUCCCAAAUCAGCAGGUGCAGACAAUAAUUAUGACAAUAUUGGGUUAACAACAACAUUAGACCUAAUCAACAUAGAAGAUGAUAACAGAAGCUGUUUUGCAGAAACACUGAAAAACUGCAGCACCGAUAUUUUCUCUGUACCAACAGUAGCAGAACGGCCUAUACAUCAAUCAACACCUAUUGGAAAAAAACGGCCCAAAAUUGUCAGUGACGAGAUUCUCCCCAAAGAUACAAUAACAUUUCCUUGUAGCAAAGAUGUGUCACUAGAAUUAUUUAAAUCUGACACUAACGACAGAAUGCAUCAGAAUGACGUGGACGAUGUUGGCAAAAAUCAAGAUUGGCUAAUGGCAUUUAACAGUCAUUCAGCAGAACAGGAUGACAAAAAUAAUAUAAAGUCAGAACAUAGUUGGGGGAAGAGAGAUACAGACCAAAUUCCUAUCACGGGUGCACAACCUUUUGAUCCCUCUAAGUUAUUGACUUAUUAUUGUCCUGAGUUAGCUACAUUUUAUUCCAUCAAUGAUUCUACCAAGAAUAACCAGAGCGAAAUUACAUUACCAGAUCCUGAUGUCUUUAACGACAAUAGCAGACCGAAUCACAAUGCUCUGUCAGUGCCAAAUAUAGUGGAAACUGAAACAAACGCGGGCAACACUGACCUAUCGCUAAAAGAUGAUGUUGGUAUAUCUAAAGGUAAAACCGAACUUGGGAAUGCUUUCGGGGGUGUCGUUGCUUCGAGAGUUUAUUAUGUUGAUAAUAAAAUGGAUACGGAAUCGUCUGAAAUAAUCGAUACUGAGUCAACAAGCAAGCCAUCUCCACUUAUUGCUGAACUAACUAUCGCUAACUUGAGAAAUUUUACAAACAUCUCGAAUACUACGGCUGAGUCUGAACGCACCUGGUGCGUUGAAACACAUCAGUAUUAUACGUCGCAUAAAGAUGAAAAACGCAAAAAACUUCCGAACAUUAAUGAAGUACCAGACAAUCGUAAUGAUUUAAGCGAGGCUACGAAAUCAGAGCUAGAAAAUCAAACUCAAUCUCUUCCGAUGAAAAUGAAACAGCGGAAACGGAAAUGGAUAAGUGAUAAUAGUAAUAAAGCUCAGGAUCCUGCACCAUUGAGUGGGAAAAGAAUACAACUGAAGAGACACAGAUGGAGCGUCAGUGGUCCGGGAGAUCUUGAAAGUACGAUGAAUUACCCAAAAUCAAACUCAGCUAAAUCAAAUACUUCUAUUGUUUCUACCGGUUCAAGCACUGUUGCGCAAAAUAAACAGUCAUCUAAGAACGGCAGUCCAAUAAAAAAAUUUGUUGUUCCUACAAACGACGAAACUCAACAGCUGGAGCUAAAAACUGAAAAUUUACUGCCAAAUAUGAAUAUUCUUCCUACCUCUUUUGGCAAAACUAAUAUUGAUAAUAAUUCUGAAUCAUCUAAAUAUAGUUUUUGUGAAGACAAUAUUUUACCAAAGUGGCCUUCGACAUCCCCAAAAGAUACUGAGGGUUUUAAUUGCAAUAGUGACUUUAACAAGAAUGGAAAUUUAAAAAAAUUUAACUUUAAUUCAGUAUCAGCAAGCCCAUUGUCUUCUCAAAAUUCGGUACUGAAUAUUCAGGAGUCUGAUAGGUCUACUCUGACAAAAGAAAUAAUUGGCCAAAACCUGGGAAAAAGUGACAUAGGACUUGAUAAAGGUCAGUCGACAAAUGAAAGCGCAAAAGGAGAUUUGGACUAUGAAUAUGACGAUUGCAUUUCUUUAUUCGCAGAAUCUAUAGUGAUAACAAAUGUUGAUCAGAGCAUAAAUUUCAUGAAUGGUGCCAAGACGUCACCUUGUAAAACCCAAAAUUCAUCAGAAAGAUCAUACGAAGAUAUAAAAGACUUUGCUACCUAUUAUAACAAAAAUCUAGAAGAGUGCAAUGCAGCCUACGAAUUCGGUUAUGAAACUGAAAGGAAUGGCUAUACUACUUCGAACAUUAUAAUACCGUCUGACACUAAAAAUAGCAAUAAUUGCUUGAAUUUUAAUAAUAAUUUAUCGAAUACGAUUCCAGUGCCUCAGGUGAACACACAAUAUUCUGAAACCGAAUUUUCCUCAGCAAUAAAUCCCCCUAUAUCAAAUCUUAAUAGUUCGUCAAGUAUGAGAGGUAGACUUGGCAUUAGACAAGAAACACAAAACGCAGUCUCUACUUUUACAUCAAGAAUCUUCUGGAGGCAUUGCUUUCACAUUCUAAGGUUCGGUUACUGUAAGAGAAAGCAUUGCCAUUUUAUACAUAAUCUGACACCAAGUCUACAGAAGCUUGAUCAGAAAGAUCUGGACUAUAUCGUCGAAGUAAUAGCUUAUUCCAACAUCAAUGGUUUCACACAUCUGAUCAAAAAUGUAUACCAUCAAGUUGUUACUCAAAUGGAUGCUCGUAAUAUCAUUGAAUUGUUCCAUAAAUUAUACUGUAAAAGACAACUUAACGAGCACCUCGUAAACUGUACAGUACAUGCUUUGAUCUCAACUGGAAUGUCUUUGCGGAAUAUUUUUAGUAAUAUGGCAUUACUGCUUGAUGAAAAUGACAUCGGUCUAAUAGAAUAUCUUAUAGAAUUUAUCGGUGAGAUGACCCAGCCAGGCACCUACUGGGAUACAUUUCGCGAUUUCCUGAUCAAAAUACCCCCUUCGAGGAGAAGAAUCGCCAGAGUGAUACAUGAAUUGGUCGAUAUCAAUAAGGAUAAAUCACAUAUUGAAGAUGUGUACAGAAACUUUAUAAACAAACUUAGUCUGAAUCAAGUAUCAAUGAUAAAUAUCAAUCUUAGAAACCGGCUCAAUUCCAUACUCAUGAAAAAUGAUAUCAUUCACAAAAACAUUCAAUAUUCCUAUACUCCACUUUCUACUCAAAAUGACAGCUCAAAUCUUAUGUUGGAAACUAACGUCGGUAGAGACAUUAAUAAAGAACUAAUUGAGAUACCUGGCAUACACUCACCGGAUAGUACACAAUAUAGCGACAGUGGAUUACUAUUAUCUCGAACGAGCCAGCGAUCUAGCUUACAAGGACCUGCUAACACACCGUCCUUGUUCAUAAGUCGAGAUGAUAGCCCAAGAAGUAUGGCAGCUGAUCCAAACGUUUUUAACCAGAAAAGGAAUACUGGAAUACGAAGCAAUCCUCUAGUUACAAAGUUCUCAGCCACCUCAAGUAGCAGAACAUCUGAAGCUGAAGCUGAAGCUGCUGAUUUAACCAGUGAUUCCUACAAGGUCCACCUUAUAGAAAAUUUGAAAGAGCCACAGUCAGUGUACAGAAACCGUCACUGGCAGUUUCACCUUGAUAUGACCAUUGUAAAAGAAUCGUUGAAGCACCAAGAUUACGAAGGGGUUCUAAAAAUCCUCAACAAAUAUUCAGAUGUGGUGGAAAAAACACUCUUCACUACAAGCUGUUACAGGAUGUUACACAAAAACGUGAUUAUGUCAGCGUAUCAUAUGAAGAAUAUGAUAAAGUUGUCAGUCCGGAUGGGGGUCAAUAAAUCCCUGAGUCAAACGUUAUUCUACUUGGGAAUGUACACGAUGAUCGAGUUGUGCGAUGCUGGUGCAUGGGUAAUUGCGUACAGUUUAUUCAAGCCCUUGCAAGCCACUGGCUUAAUGGAAAAUAUUGCCGAAUAUGCACUGAUAUCUGCUGAAAUCUGUAUAGCUAACGGACGUCCGUUGAAGGCUUUCACCAUAUUGAAACAAAGCAACAUGUUUUGUACAAAUCCAAGCAAGUGGCUCGUUACUAGCAAUCCAAAUGACGAACGUGUUAGAGUCAUGAUAAUAAAUCUGUUGUUAGAUGUUUUGUGUCAGGAGUUGCCUGAGCAGGCAUUUUAUAUUUUCACUUACCUGCUUGGAGAUCAAAGUCGUAUUUAUCAUCCCAUAGAUCUUACUGCAUAUACAGAUAAUCUUGUGACCGGUAUUCUAAAUGGAAAGUGUAAUGACUUAGUGCCAGAAAUAGCAAAAAUAAUUAUCGAAAAUAACUUCUCGCUGAGCAAUUCAGUGUUCCAAUCUCUAGUUAUAAACUUAUUUAAGAAGGAUUUGAAACGAUGUAAACAGCUUUAUCGUUAUGGCACAUGGCUUGGAGUGUAUCCGAUAGUGGGGUUGACAGUUCCCCUCCGCAUAUUAAUAAAGACAAAUUGGAUGAGAGAAGAAAUAUAUUUGGCAGUUUUAAACUUCUUAGAGACACUAUCUGUGGAGGUAGGACAUGCCGUUGAUCAAAUUCGUCCUCAUCAAUUUUCAAUACAUUUAGUUUUUGAGCUCGCCCCAUUUAAACAGCAGCUGCCUGACAAUGAAGAUCAGAUUUGUAACAGCGAUGAACUGAAAAUGAGUAAAAAGCUCAUGAAAACUGUUUUACAAGAAGAAUUCUAUCCCCCGUUAAAAACAGGGUGUAAGGAGAGAGAAAGACUCAUGAAAUUACAAAGUCGUACAGUUGUCAACUACUUGAAAUGUAUGAGUGCACUACAGUGACCUGUUCUGCAUUUGGAUUUGUUUCUAGGAGUCAAUCGAACCUUGAGUUCAGUAUGAAACUGAACCAUUGUGUUCAAGCAUUGAAUGUAUAUUAAAUUGUUUGGAUACAGUUUUUUCCAACAAUAAUUCACUAGAAAAUAAUUGAAGAAACCGCUGCUUUCUUGGAACAUAAUCAUUUAUUUAGAUUUACUCUACAUGUGUUUUAUAAUUGACGGGUUGAAAUUCUUAAAAGUACUUCAGAUGCUAUACAAUCAUUUUUAUUUUUGUUUAUAUGUCUUUCUGUGAUACUGUAUUCAUUAAAUUUAAUCCGCAAUUUUUUAUGAAAUGUAUGAAUCACUGUUAUAGUUUAUUUUAAUCUAGUUUUCAAUAAUUAUAGACUU